CACUUCCGCCGAGUCCCUGACCUGCUGCUAGGAUCGCGACGGGAACUGGAGCCUGAGGUCCCCGCGCGGCCCGGGCCUGGCGCCCUGAGGGGAAGAGCGGCCCGGCCCGAGGGCGCUGGGGUGGAGACUUUGACUCCAGUCCCUUCCCUAGCCAUGACGGACGGGAUUCUAGGGAAGGCAGCCACAAUGGAGAUCCCCAUCCAUGGGAACGGUGAAGCUGGGCAGCUUCCUGAGGAUGAUGGGCUGGAGCAGGACCUCCAGCAGGUGAUGGUGUCAGGACCCAACCUCAAUGAAACCAGCAUUGUGUCUGGUGGCUAUGGGGGCUCUGGUGAUGGACUCAUCCCCACAGGGUCUGGCCGCCAUCCAUCUCACAGUACCACUCCUGCUGGCCCCGGAGAUGAGGUGGCUCGGGGCAUCGCUGGAGAAAAGUUUGACAUCGUCAAGAAAUGGGGCAUCAACACAUAUAAGUGCACAAAGCAGCUGUUAUCAGAGCGAUUUGGCCGAGGCUCCCGGACUGUGGACCUGGAGCUAGAGCUGCAGAUUGAGUUGCUGCGUGAGACGAAGCGCAAGUAUGAGAGUGUCCUGCAGCUGGGCCGGGCACUGACAGCCCACCUCUACAGCCUGCUGCAGACCCAGCAUGCACUAGGUGACGCCUUUGCUGACCUCAGCCAGAAGUCCCCAGAGCUUCAGGAGGAAUUUGGCUACAAUGCAGAAACACAGAAGCUGCUGUGCAAGAAUGGAGAGACACUGCUAGGGGCUGUGAACUUCUUUGUCUCUAGCAUCAACACAUUGGUCACCAAGACCAUGGAAGACACGCUCAUGACUGUCAAACAGUAUGAGGCUGCCAGGCUGGAAUAUGAUGCCUACCGAACAGACUUAGAGGAGCUGAGCCUAGGCCCCCGGGAUGCAGGGACGCGUGGUCGACUCGAGAGUGCCCAGGCCACUUUCCAGGCCCAUCGGGACAAAUAUGAGAAGCUGCGGGGAGAUGUGGCCAUCAAGCUCAAGUUCCUGGAAGAAAACAAGAUCAAGGUGAUGCACAAGCAGCUGCUGCUUUUCCACAAUGCCGUGUCAGCCUACUUUGCUGGGAACCAGAAACAGCUGGAGCAGACCCUGCAGCAGUUCAACAUCAAGCUGCGGCCUCCAGGAGCUGAGAAGCCCUCCUGGCUAGAGGAGCAGUGAGCUGCUCCUAACCAAACCUGGCUAUCAAGAAGGACAUUGGGAGAGGCAGUCCCAGGGUGGGGGAGAUUGGACAUGGGACAUCCCUUGCCACCUGCCCUCUGGCUUGGGCUCCCUUUCCCUGGCUGGGGCCUGACACCAGUUUUGCCCACACUGCUGUGGGUAGGGAGGGGGCUUGCAGGCCCAGCAGCUGCUGCCCUGUCCUUUAUCUUCCUGGCCACUGGGCUUCAUUCCCAGAUCUUUUCCUUCCACUCCACAGCCAAAGGCUAUGACAGAACCACUCCCUGGCCGAUGGCGCAUUAUUCCUCAGGCCUGUCCCCAGAUCCUGGGGUGUGCCCCCUGACCAAUGGCAGAGCCUCAAAAGGCCCUGUCAGCCAAUGGCAGCUCUUCUUGGGCUCCCCUGGGCCAUGAUGUUGCCUCCAGUACCCUUUGUCCCUCCUCUGUGCGUCCCCCAUUGCAGAGAAGGGGACUGGGACCAAAGGGGUGGGGAUAAUGGGGAGCCCCAUUUCUGGCCCUGCAUCUGAAUGGGCUUCCCCUCACCUACCCACCCAGUUUAAUUGUGCUUAGAGCCCUGGAAGAUUGGGACCUAGCACUAGGAAUAAACCUUUCAUAAAAGCAGGCCCAGUGAGGUCAAUUUGUGGGGGGACUCUAGGAGGGUGGGCUGGGUGGAGAAAUGCUCAGUCUAAUCAUACACCAAAAUCCUGUCAAGCCAGAAGAGCAGAGGCCAGAUAGCUGGAAGUCCAGUCUGAGAGCCUACUCCUCCCCCAGCCCCAGCUGGAGCCAAAGUUUUAUUUGCUCUUCAGACCAGCACUGAGAUAGCUAUGGUCUUAAGACACAGGGCCUAGAGGGGGUUGGGCCCGCUGACCUUCAUCAGCCAUUCAUUCAUAGAGCAAAUAUUUACUGAGUGCUUUUAUUUGCCAGGCACUGCUCUAGACCCUGGGGAUACAUCAGUGAAUAAAACACAGUCCCUUCCCACAUUGCUUAAGGCCUAGUGGGGGAUAGAGGCAUGUAACCAAGCAACUACAAUGCAGUGAUGAGUACCGGGAUACAGAAGUUCAGGGAGCUGUGGGAGUGCAGAGGAGGGGCAUCUAGCCGAGACUGGAGUGGAGAUGGGCUGUCACCUUAAAAACAAAACCUGAAGGGCAAGUAGACACAGGCAAAGAAUAGAAGAGCAACCUCAGCAAAGAGGCCAGCAUAUGUGAAGGCCCGGAUAGGACUUGGGAGGAAUUCAGUUUGGAAUGAAAAGUGGAAGGGGAGUGGCUAGAGAAGGACUACAGAGGUGAGGCAGUGAGGGGUCACACUGGGCCUGUUCAGGCUUAAUGAUAAGGACUUUUGCCCUUAGGAGAAAGGGAGCUGUAAAGCUUUUUCAAGCACGAGUUUGAUGACAUGGGAGAAAUCUAAAGUUGAGGGAAGUAGUCCUCAUGAGGCUUGAAAUAGUGUUAUACAGACCCAAGCCCCCUCACACUGGGUGGUCUAGUAACCCUGGCCCCAAACCCAAAAGCAAGCAUGAAUGCUGAGGCUCGUUCACAAGCAUUGGAGCACCUGUGCUGGGUGCCAGAAGUCAACAUGUGGAUGAGAGGUUGAGGGUGCACCCAGGUGUUGAGCCCAUAUCAACUUUGUUUUGAGGCAAGAAAUCUCCCCAAUGGCACUUUGAUUCAGUCAGCGCCCAGGUACUAUCACUUCUGUGCUCCUUGACCAAGGAGAGCUCCAGAGUUUUUCGACAUUGUCCACUACCUCUCUGGAGGACUGAAGGAAGAAGACAACCCAGUCAGCGGGUUCUCACAGCACUGAGAUCCAUGCAGCCUGAUUUUGUUCUUUGCCACAGAUACUGCAGCUCCCAGGCAGCCUGCAGCCAUCUGACUGGAGCUUGAUUAUUAGGUUGGGUGCUUCACAUACAAAGCCCCACUUUGUGGGCCGCUGGGGACUUCCAACAUGAAACACGGUACUGAAUCUCCAGGUGACUGGAGGCAGGCUCUAAAGCGAGCUCAAACUGAGCCGAGGGCCCUCAGUUUCUUCCCCUGUAAAACACAGCUAAUAAGAGAAGAUGUCUAUUACGAUUAUGAGUAUU